CGGAAGCUCGGAAGCACUGGGAAGGCUCGGAAGGAAGGUAGAUUUGUUUUCCGGAGGACUUGUUUAAAGUUUUGGUAUUUGUUGUGCUGCUGCUGUAACGUUUGAAAAUUAAAAUCUGAAAUUGUCGGAAGGGCCAUCCAACGCAAUUCAUGAAAAUGGCUGUUGCGGUUGGCAAGACCCCAGUUUCUGUACUUCAGGAACUGUUGAGUAGACGCGGGACGACACCAAAAUAUGAACUUGUUCAGAUUGAGGGUGCUAUUCAUGAGCCAACAUUUCGGUAUCGUGUUACAGUUGCUGAUGUGGUUGCUAUGGGAACGGGAAGGUCGAAGAAGGAAGCAAAGCACGCUGCUGCGAAAGCUGUCCUGGAUAAGCUGAUUGGUAGUUCACAGGAAGAUGGCUCAGUUGGUACCAACAGCACAGUACCUGAAGUGAAAGCAGAGAUAAUAUCACCCUACGAUGACAAGAUUCCAGGUAAUCCUAUUGGUACACUACAGGAGAUGUGCAUGUCUCGACGGUGGCCUCCGCCAGGCUACGAGAUGGUGAAUGAGGAAGGGCUACCCCAUGAACGUCUUUUCACCAUUGCCUGUGUGGUCUUCAAGCAUCGAGAAACUGGCACAGGAAAGUCUAAAAAGUUGGCAAAACGUCAGGCUGCCCACAAGAUGUGGGAGAAGCUUCAGGACAGCCCUGUGAUGGCAUCAAGUGUCACCCCUGGUUUGGAUGAAGAUGAUGAGAUUGCUCACAGUGUUGCAAAUGUUGCUGCCCGCUAUGCUGACCUGAAAGAUAGCAAAAUCUCAACUCUGACCACACCCCAUAGUCACAAGGUGUCUCAGUUCCAUAAGAAUUUGAAGCUGUCAUCAGGCAUUAAGUUGAAUGAACUGCAGAGCACUUCUCUUAACAACAGCAGCUUUAACUUUGUUCAGUUUCUGCAGGAGAUUGCAUCUGAGCAACAAUUUGAGGUUACAUAUGUGGAUAUAGAAGAGAAAUCUAUCACAGGAAAGUGGCAGUGUUUGGUGCAGCUGUCCACGCUACCUGUCGCGGUGUGCUAUGGCAGUGGUAACUCUUCAAAGGAAGCUCAAGCAAGCGCAGCGCAGAAUGCGCUCGAGUAUCUGAAAAUUAUGACCAAGAAGUGAACAUGCAUACUGAGCAGGUGGCGGCAGCAUGACAGCUUUCACCCGGGAGGAGGGAGUAUGUUACAGUUAAUUUGAACUUUGGACUUACUUUAUCCAAAGCAAGACACUUCCAGGGUGUUCUGUUUUAAGGCCAAGCGUUCAAAUUAAGGACAGAUUUGGCAGUUUAUCUGGUGGUAUCCAUCUGCUACUUGAAUAGAGGUAUAAUAUUUAUUUAUGUGUGAUGUGUCUUGUAGAAAAAUUAAUUUCCAGCUAAAAGUAUGUUCUUGGUAUAUGUCUGUAUUAACAGAUGUCUUAUAUUCAAGUAAGGGAGCCCACCUGCCUGCAAGAGUGGAACUAAUCCCGUGGCUGAAUGAAUGCUCAUGUUGCAACGGCCUGUAUGGAACAUAAUAACAUAAGCUUGCAUGCCACUUAAUGGUCUCUGCAGGCUAGUCAUAUGCAGGGCUGGGCCAUCCUGUUCGGCAGACGCAUUCCCACUUUCAGUUCUUAAACGGGGGAGGGGGGAUAUUGAUACCACAUUUAUAACGUAACUUUUAUGAAACAGUGACCCUCCCACUAUAUUUGUGGAUGUGAGAUUUUGGAGCUAAGGGAAUAUUAUAAAAGCAAAUGGAAUUUUUGAGAUCAGUGGCUGGAAUGACACUAUAGGAUAAGAUAAAGAAUUGUUGACGUUAGAACCUAACUAGAAGUUAAAAUUACGAACAAAGUGACAAGGAGAGAGAGAGAGAGAGAGCGAGCAAUGUCACACACACACACACACGUAGGAUGUACGGUGGACAGUAGAACUACAGGGUUAGUAACAAUACUAAACCAUGGAAGAAGGGAAUUGGGAAAACCAAGGAAAAGUUUGAGAAUCAUUUGGAGAUGGAACAGGUUCUUUAGCCUGAUACAUUGAAACUUGUCUAUGUUGGCCAUGUAUGCUUCCACUCAGAUGUAGCCAUCUUACAGCUUAAUAAAUUUUAGAAUUUAGCAUUUUUGUUUUUGUAGGGACUACAUCCUUCUGCAUCAGAAAUUGGAAUGUUCACUAUGCAGCAUCUCUGGAAACGUCAGGAGGAGGAUAUUAACAGUUUCAUUCUUUGUUUUAUGUAGCUUUUAUAUUUCAUUUUGCUGCUUCAGCUCUCCAUUACAGCUUUCAGAAUCAUGUUUAUGUUUGUAUUAAUGGUUCCAGCUGCUGAUUUUGCCACAAAGCUUUGGGCAUUUGCUGGUAAACAGUUUUGGCUCUCAGCUCCAAAACCAUUUUUUUUGUGCUCAUGUUUAACCCAUUUAUUUUGUUUCAUUUUGAGCUCAGAGUUUGUUUUUGUGAACAUUUUUAAUUUUGUAGUACAUAACAGCAUAGUGCAUGGAUUCUUGGAGAAAGAAUGUCAUUAUAUGAAGACAUGAGUAGACAUGUGUCUGGACUGUGCUUGGGAAGUACAAACAUCACUUAAUUUAUAGUGACGUCUGGCUAAGAGCAGUUGAUCAAAUAUAUUAUGAAAAGACAGGUCUAAAGGAAAUCCUAUAUACUUGCCAGUUCAGUAACAGUUCAGCAGAUUAAGACACGUGGUAACAGCUGGAUUCACAGUGUUUUGUCACAAAGAUUGUGACUCAGAAAUUCUUAUUGUAUCUUACUGCUGCCACCAGGUUAUUGUUCCGCAUGCCUUAUGACCAAUUUAUUACUACGAAUGCGGGGGUUAGGCAUCCAAAUUUCUUGUUCUUAUCCCAACGCUGUCACCAAUUUUGUUGUGGCACACGUUUGUGACACCCAAAUUCUUAUUAUGUCCCAUGCGGCCACCAUCAAAAUUUAGAAUAUCCCACCUGUUUGGCACUAUUUAAACAUCUGUGGAUAGCUCCUACUCCGGCAAUGACGUAACUAUUACAAAUACCCCAAUAAGCACUCCGCAUGUGAAAACAAGAACAAACAUAAUAAAAUCAACAAGUACAUAUAUACAAGCAUAAAAUUUACA